ACGAGAUCGUUACGUCACACACACACACACACACACACACACACACACACACACACAGCUGCCUGCCGACUGUUGUUGUUUAGCCCGACCCGUAGACACGAAGCUAACAGCUAGCAGUUAACACAAACUGCGGAGAUCUCGAUGGAGCGACGCUCUUAAGUGCUAACCUCUUAGUUAUCUCGGGUUAGUUGUCCCGCUCUGGGGUUUAUCGUGCUGUUGUGGCAGAGGACGGGCUAGCUCACCGCUUAGCUCCGUUAGCAUGUUCCAGCUAAUCGCCCAGUGUUAUUAAUGUUAGCCUCGUUAGCCGGGCUCUGUUAGCGUCAGGUUAAUUUAUUUCUAAAGCAGUGGCAGGUUAGCCUGGGGGCCAGCUUCUCUUUAGUUAGCUCACCCGUUAUUUAAACACAUAUGUCGUGUUGUUUUCGUCAUGUGUCGCGGUGUUAAGAUUACAGAGCUUGUAUCUGUGGCUAAAUGUUGCGCUUGUGGUUCAGUUCGUUUAGCUAAGGUUAACUGUUAGCUAGCUGGAGUCCGAUGUCUUUGUUUCCAUCGGUAGCAGAGAGUUUAUGAUGUGAGAGCAGGUUAGCUCUGUUAGCUUAGUUAGCAGGUAGGUUAUAGUGGACAGGAGAGUUUUUUUAAGAUAUCAGUGUGUGCGAAUGUUGCGGAUGCUAAGCUAACAUAAAUCCGUCUUCAGUUCAUUAUAUUUAUGUGCCAGAGUUUUAUUUAAUUUGCGGCUGACAUGCAGCUGUCAGUUUACUGACCAUCAUCAUCAUCAUCACAAAGCCCGGCGGCAGGUGGAAAGCUCGGGGUUAUUAUGGCCCUCAGACCAGACUGCAGGCACAGCCGCUCAACGUGUGUGAUCUACCUGCUCAUACUGUCAGGAUCCAUCGCUGCCUCUCAGAGGAACGACAACGUUUAUGUAUCUGGGAUUUCCAAUGCUUGCAGCGACGUGGCAGAGCUCCUGCGGGCGUCCAGUGGCAUCAUCACCAGCCCCGGCUGGCCCUUCCAGUACCCGGCAAGACUGAACUGCAGCUGGAACAUCAGGGCCCGACCUGGAGACACCAUCACCAUCAGCUUCCAGGACUUUGACCUGCAGGGUUCCCAUCGUUGUUCCUCAGACUGGAUUUCCAUCAGCAGCUACAGGAGCUUGGAUGGACUGAGGGUUUGUGGUUCCUCCCUGCCUCCACCCUACAUCUCCUCCCAGGACCACGUGUGGAUCCACUUCCACUCUGAUGACAGUCUGACAGGAAAAGGCUUCAGACUGUCCUACAUCACUGGUAAGCCAGAGGCGUCCAGCUGUGACGUGGACCAGUUCCACUGCUCUAAUGGGAAGUGCAUCCCAGACUGGUGGCGCUGUAACUCCAUGGACGAGUGCGGUGAUAAUUCGGACGAGGAGCUGUGUGUGGACUCUCCCUUCUCCUUCCAGCCCUGCAGCCUUAACCAGUUCCCCUGCCUGUCCCGCUACACCCGCAUCUACACCUGCCUACCGCACAGCCUCCGCUGCGACGGCAGCAUCGACUGCCAGGACCUUGGUGAUGAGAUCGACUGUGACGUUCCCACUUGUGGAGAAUGGUUGAGGAACUUCUACGGCUCCUUCAGCUCUCCAAACUACCCCGACUUCUACCCUCCAGGAAGUAACUGCACCUGGCUGAUCGACACCGGAGACCACAGGAAGGUCAUUUUGAGGUUUACCGACUUUAAGCUCGAUGGGACGGGUUACGGUGACUACGUGAAGGUCUACGACGGUCUAGAGGAAAACCCUCGGCGUCUCCUCAGGGUGCUGACUGCCUUUGACUCCAGAGCUCCGGUCGCGGUGGUUUCAUCGUCCGGUCAGCUCAGAGUUCACUUCUACGCUGACAAGAUCAACGCCGCCAGAGGUUUCAACGUCACCUACCAGGUGGACGGGUUCUGCCUGCCGUGGGAGGUUCCCUGUGGAGGGAACUGGGGCUGUUACACUGAGCAGCAGCGCUGUGACGGUUACUGGCACUGUCCCAAUGGUCGGGACGAGCUGAACUGUUCUUCCUGUCAGGAAGACGAGUUUCCCUGUUCCAGAAACGGAGCGUGUUACCCUCGAUCGGACCGCUGUAACUACCAGAACCGCUGCCCCAAUGGUUCUGAUGAAAAGAACUGCUUCUUCUGCCAGCCCGGGAACUUCCACUGCAAGAAUAACCGCUGUGUGUUUGAGUCGUGGGUUUGCGAUGCCCAGGACGACUGUGGUGAUGGCAGCGAUGAGGAGAGCUGUCCCGUUAUCGUUCCCACCAGAGUCAUUACUGCCGCUGUCAUCGGCAGCCUCAUCUGUGGCCUCCUGUUGGUCAUUGCCCUCGGUUGCACCUGCAAACUCUACUCGCUGCGUAUGUUUGAACGCAGGUCUUUUGAGACCCAGCUGUCCAGAGUGGAAGCAGAGCUUCUGAGGAGGGAAGCCCCGCCCUCUUAUGGUCAGCUGAUUGCCCAGGGACUGAUCCCACCUGUGGAGGAUUUCCCAGUGUGCUCUGGGAGCCAGGCGUCUGUCCUGGAAAACCUCCGUCUGGCUGUUCGCUCUCAGCUCGGUUUCACCUCCCUCAGGCUUCCUUCCUCCAGUCGUCAUAGCAACCUAUGGCGCCGGCUCUUCACUUUCUCGCGAUCUCGGCGGUCGGGUUCUCUGGCUCUAGUCUCUGCUGACCUGGAGGACAGUGCUGGUACUGGGAGCACUGGGAGUUCGGGUUCAGACCUGCUGUCUCCAGACUCAGACGAUACAGACACAGAGGGCGAACGAGGGAGGGAGCGAGGCGUGGGCGCGGUGGGCGGACCUGUGGCACCCCUCCCCCAAAAAACCCCGCCUUCCGCUGUUGUCGAAGCUGUGGUAUCCGUGACAACGUGUGUGACCCCUGCAACCCCAACACCAGGCCGAGAUCGAUGCUGCGACCGGCCCAGAGAGUCCUCACCGCCUUCCAGCCCCAUCACCAUGGUAACAUCCAAUCCAGAUCCAGAAUGUCACAGUGAUGCCUCAGAGCUCCAGGCCCCGCCCACCUCUGCCCUGCAUCGCCUGGCCCAGAACCUACACCGUCUUGCUAGGAACCUUACCAGAACCGGUCAGAGCCAGCAGAACCAAUCCUGGACCAAUCAUAGCCCACUCCGCCAGCUGGAGUCAGGAAGAAACGGGCCUGAAGCUGCCGAGCGACGAGGGAGCAGAGAAGAAGAAGAAGAUGUGGAGCUUCUGAUACCUGUGUCUGACUCUGACUCCUCGUCCUCCUCAUUGGUCAGUGAUAUUCAGCAGCCGCUGCUGGAACCCCACUCAUCCUCCACCGCAGGCCACGUUCCCCGGCAUCACCGAGGAAACAGUGCUCGAGGAGGGCGGGACGGCCCCUGCGAACACUGCAGGAUGGUCCACACUGCACAGAUCCCAGACGCCUGCCUGGAGGCAACGGGGAAGACGGAGAGCAGCGAUGAUGAACUUCUGCUGCUCUGCUAACAGGCUAAUCUGCAGGGCUAACAUGCUAACUGACACACUAAUACUAUCAAUUCUAGCCCAACCCAACACCUGAAGUUAGCUAACAUGCUAACUGACAAGACUAACACUGCUAAUACUACCCUGUCCCUACAUCUACAGUUAGCUCACAUGCUAACGGUCUGGCUAACAGUAAUACUACCCUGAUCCUGUAUUUCCAAUUUUAGACAGUAAGCCAACAUGCGCUUCAGUCUGGAUGACAACUAGCCAUAAAACAUUUCUUAGCAUGUGUUAGCAUGUUAGUUGGACUGAAGGUUAGCGCUCUGUAGGUUUUGGUCUCCAGUGAUGUAGGAAACGACCUGACCAAUCAGAGACUGCAGGGACUGAUGUCACUGAUUGGACUGCUGGUAUGGCCAUGAAAACCAUCCCCCGAUGCUCUCCUGGUCCGUCCAUUAAAACACUCCCCUCCCCCCCUGCAGGUGGACGCCCUGCCCUUUGGUACGACUUUCUGAACGCUGACUUACUGGUACGACUGUAAACCUGACAGAACAAACUGAGGGUUCCUGCCGAAGAGAUCAUUCAACUCUGAUCUGAUCCAGGAACCUCGCUGGCCUCUGAACACCUGGUCAGGUGCAGCAAUGUAAAUGGUCCCAUUUGUUUCCUCCGGCUGGUCUUUUAAAGGAAAGGAUGAGAAUAGGAAGGAUCAUGUGACCGUUGGAGGUAGCUAAAGAUAGCAGCUAGCAGGCUAGUUAAACAAAGGCAGUUCUCAGUACAGAAAAUAUAUAUAUGAAUAUAUCUGAAUAUAUUGGUUGUCGUGGAUCGGCUGGGUCCUUCACCAGUUUCACCAGUGGAGUUUUACUUUGCUAAUUUCAGGCUCUGGUAAAUUGUUAACCUGUGAAGUUCUUCUGGGCCAAAACUCACAGGUUCUCGUUUUGACUUCCAUCGUCGUCAAAUGAAUAACUAAUUUCAGUGUCCAUGCCUGAUGAUGCGUUUCCUGUCUGAAGCCGUGGAGCUGGGUUUGUGCUGUGGAUCCUUUUUUUUAUGCGUCGACAUAAAACAAAGCACCACACAGCAGAUCCAGUUCUGUCAUUACUCUCACGCCUUUAGAAACACGAAACCCAUCCUACGGACGGAGGCUUGAUGUUAGUGUGGGUGGGGCUACCUCCAUCGGUCAUGUGACCAUGGUCACACCUAUCGUAGUGGUCCUCAUCAUCAUCUUACAGGUGGUUGUGAUGCUUCAGGUUGCUGUAUAGUUCCCCCCCGAUGUUUCUGCCUGUUCAGUUCUCUGACUGGUUCUAAAGGGAAGACGAGGUUCCAAAGCUGACGGUUCCGGUGACAAACAGGUCGAGAGCUGUGGCUUCUAAAAAGAUUCAACAGAAAGUUUGAGAGCUGAUGAUCAAGAACGUUUACAGAAGCAGCUUCAACAGCUGAAAGAUAUUUUUGUUUGUAAGGUCACGACCAGCGUUUCAGCUGAUGUUUCAUGUUGGACCGACACCAUCAGGUGUUCAGUGUCAUCAGGUGUACCAGUCUGACGCCAUCCAGAUGAUGUAAGCCCCCCCCCCCCCCCCCAAGACUGAAGCCAUUCAAACUGACCCGUCUGUAUUUAUGACCUUUGUUACUCUUUGGUACUCACAUCUCAGCUGACCCCGUGUGACUGUGACUGUGUAUAUUUAUUAUUAUUAUUAUGAUUAUGAUUAAUAUGAUUGUGUGUAUUGUGUUUAUUCGCUGUUGUGUAGCUGUUUUUCUGACCUGCAUGAUUCCAGCUGUUUGAUGUUAGUUUUUCUUUCAGUCUGUAAAGUCAAAAACUGUUAAACUGCACUAAAGAUUAAAGGUUCACGUUUC